AACACGCGCUGUUCGGCAUCAGUUUGAUUUCAAAACGGUAACAGUGCGAUUCAUUGAACGAAUUAAACCUAUUCUGUGCGAUUCUCAGUGCGAUACAUUGCAACUAUUCAUUAUUAAAUUUACCAGUGUGAUUUUAAAUUUAAAUACAAAGUGAUUUUAAAUCGUAAUCGAAUUGCGAUCGUUCUAAAUCUACCUUUUCGUACGUCUUGUAAACUGUGCUUAUUUUAUAAGUACCCGCUACCCACGUUUCAUCCUUAUAAUUUCUUGUCGUAUUAAUUGUGCGUGCGACUAAAGGUUGACAACUAUACCGCCGAAAUGGUUGGAAGAACAGCGAUUGGUAUCGACCUGGGUACCACCUAUUCGUGUGUGGGUAUCUGGCAACACGGAAAAGUAGAGGUCAUCGCCAACGAUCAAGGAAACAGGACCACCCCGAGUUAUGUGGCGUUCACCGACACCGAACGGUUGAUCGGCGACGCGGCCAAGAACCAGGUAGCCAUGAACCCUGUCAAUACGGUGUUCGACGCCAAACGAUUGAUCGGCCGUCGAUUUGACGACGACAAGACGCAAGCGGACAUUAAACACUGGCCGUUCAAAGUGGUGAACGAUUUCGGUAAGCCCAAGAUCCAAGUGGAAUUCAAGGGCGAACGGAAGGUAUUCGCCCCGGAAGAAAUCAGUUCAAUGGUGCUGACGAAGAUGAAGGAGACGGCAGAAGCGUACUUGGGCCGCGAAGUGACGGACGCCGUGAUCACGGUGCCCGCGUACUUCAACGAUUCACAGAGACAAGCGACCAAGGACGCGGGCGCCAUAGCCGGUCUGAACGUGAUGCGAAUAAUCAACGAACCGACGGCUGCGGCUUUGGCUUACGGUCUGGACAAGAACCUGAAAGGCGAGAGGAACGUGUUGAUAUUCGAUCUGGGCGGUGGCACGUUCGAUGUGUCCGUUCUGCAGAUCGACGAGGGUUCGAUAUUCGAAGUGAAGUCGACGGCGGGUGACACGCACUUGGGCGGCGAAGACUUCGACAACCGACUGGUGUCGCAUUUGGCCGAAGAGUUCAAGAGGAAAUCUAAAAAGGACGUGCACUCCAAUCCGAGAGCGUUGAGACGGUUGAGGACGGCCGCAGAACGGGCCAAGAGAACACUGUCGUCCAGUUCGGAGGCCACCAUAGAGAUCGACGCCCUGAUGGAAGGCAUCGAUUUCUACACACGAGUGUCCCGAGCCCGUUUCGAAGAACUGUGCGCCGAUCUGUUCAGAUCGACCCUGCAGCCGGUAGAGAAGGCAUUGGCGGACGCCAAGUUGGACAAGGGAGACAUACACGACGUGGUGCUCGUGGGCGGUUCGACGCGAAUCCCGAAGAUCCAGAGUCUCCUGCAAAACUAUUUCUGCGGCAAAUCGCUCAACCUGUCCAUCAACCCCGACGAGGCGGUAGCGUACGGCGCCGCGGUACAGGCGGCCAUUCUGAGCGGCGACACGAGUUCUGCGAUUCAAGAUGUGUUGCUCGUGGACGUCACUCCACUGUCACUGGGCAUCGAGACCGCGGGCGGCGUGAUGACCAAAAUCGUCGACCGCAAUUCAACCAUUCCGUGCAAGCAGACCCAAACGUUCACCACUUAUGCGGACAACCAGCCGGCCGUCACCAUCCAGGUGUUCGAAGGAGAAAGGGCCAUGACCAAGGACAACAACCUGUUAGGAACUUUCGACCUGACCGGCAUACCUCCGGCGCCCAGAGGUACGCCCAAGAUUGAGGUGACUUUCGAUAUGGAUGCCAACGGUAUUUUGAACGUGUCGGCCAAGGACAACAGCUCUGGCCGCUCCAAGAAUAUUGUCAUCAAGAACGAUAAGGGUCGCCUGUCUCAGGCAGAAAUCGAUCGUAUGCUCAGCGAGGCCGAACGGUACAAAGAAGAGGACGAACGGCAAAAGGCUAAGAUUGCGGCCAAGAACCAGUUGGAGAGCUACGUGUUUGGUGUUAAACAAGCGUUGGACGAGGCAGGUGACAAAAUGACCGAAUCGGAAAGGAACACCGGCAAACAGGAAUGCGACGCGGUCGUCCAGUGGUUGGACAACAAUCAGUUGGCAGACAAAGAAGAGUACGAGUACAAACUAAAGGAAAUCCAAAAGAGUUGCUCGGCUCUCAUGAUGAAGAUACAUGGUGCAGGACAAGCCGGUGGUGCUCCUCAUCCCGGUGCUCAAGGAUUCCCUGGUGCGCGUCCCGGAGGACCUACCAUCGAAGAAGUCGAUUGAUUCCUUUAACAAUGUAAUUUUAUUGUAUAUUUUGUAAAUACUAUUGUGAAUUGUAUCCUAUAUUCUGAUUGUAAAGUACCCACCAGAUAGGUUUAAGUUAAGACUGAUUUUUCUAUUGUAAUAUUUACUUUAAUUUUAGCUUAAUAAAUAUUUAUUAGUUGACACACAUA